AAGGCAAAUGUGUACCCACUGAAACCGGUCAUGCUGGAGGCCUCAAUUUUCUCUAAUAUAUAUAACUCCUUGUACGCUGGCCAUGGGCCUCUCUCUGGUUACUUUGACCCCAAAUGUGUUCCUACCGGUCGCCCGGUUGCGGAUUUGCAUGAUCUCAACUGGUUUGAUUACUACUAUAGUCCAGCAAUAUGUCCUUACGGCUGGGAAACAGCAACGACACUUGGAUCAACCGUAUUUGGGUACAGCGCGAAAGCGGACCUUGGCCCUGAGACCACAGCAGUCGCAUGCUGCCCAAGUGACUACACGUACAGUCAGUAUGGCCACGCUUGUAUGUCCUCCGGCACUCGAGACCAAGUAAUCCAAUACAUAUUGCCCGCCACCCAAGACGGCACCGUAUACCCCGGGUCCGUAUCCUUCUCUACACUGCCAUCGGAUACCUGGUUUCGUGCCAACGGCAUACAAGCAUGGCGGCAGAGUACGGACAACGCAGUGUUAGAUGCUGCUGCUGCUCAGUCCUCCACCAUAAUACGUACCACGCCAUCGUCAACACCAGCAUCGACACCGGCCACAACGACUCCUUCCUCACCUUCACCACCAAGCUCGCAGUCUUCCAUACCGGACUCGGGUAUUGCGCGAAGUACUAAGCUGGGCCUUGCUGUUGGCCUACCGGUCGCGGCGCUUGUGGCGAUCCUUAUUGCGAUUCUGUUGAUCUAUCGCCGGAGGAGAACUAGGUCCGCUGAACUGGCCGACACUCAGUAUGCACCACAAGUACAGGAGAAGCCGCCUGCUCAGCAGUAUGCAUCAUACGAGAUUGCGGGAGCAGAAGUAGUACAUGAGCUAGGCAGCGAACAGUAUCAUGAGCUACCACCAAAUCAUCAGGUGACCAGUGUUCGCUCAUAA